AUGGGACUACAGGCACUUUAUCCAACGCUACCCCUCAGAGAUGGAGAUAUUCGCCUUCUCACUAUUCUCCCCGAUGAAUGGACAGCUGAUAUCUACUGCAAGAUCAGUGUUGUCUCCCUCAGCGAUACUCCAGAGUAUGUUGCUCUCUCAUACGUCUGGGGAGAAACUUUUCAAGAUGGUACCUUGUACAUCAACGGCUAUGAGCAACGUAUCGGACGUAGCCUAGAGACCGCUCUCCGCUACUAUCGCCGAGCUGGAUGGAGCAUGCCGCUUUGGGCCGAUGCUGUCUGCAUUGAUCAGGAAGAUGUAGCGGAGCGCUCUUCUCAAGUAUCAAUCAUGGAUCGUAUCUACUCGUCUGCCGCCACGGUGUUUGUCGUUCUCGGAGCUGGCAUUGAUCUGGCCGCUAACGAUUAUUUCGCAAAAGUGAAAGAGUUGCACAAAUUUCGCUUCUGUGUCUACGGCCAGAGGUAUUUUGAAGCAGUUUCGCCCCCAGCAUGGGACGAAAGCAACUCUGAAAGAUCGCUUGAUGAUGAUAAGAAGAGUUCGAUUCUUUUUUCUUUCCUGGAAAGAGCUGUCACCUUUAAGAUCAAUGAGCAUCUGAGCACUGCACCGCAAUGGGGAGGGACAUUUGAAGGAUCAGAAGAGUCCCAAUAUCCCUGGCAGACACUGAUUCAAACGUUUGAAGAAUUCACUCGGGAAUCAUGGUGGGAUCGCGUAUGGACCCUACAAGAGAGCGUGGUUGGCUCUUCACCCAUAUUCAUCUAUCGAACGACCGCAGUACCAUGGGCCAUGAUAAAGGAGGCAGCUCUCACCGUGCGUGCUCAUAUAACCGACUGCUGCGGCUCAUAUCUAGCCAACGAUGCUCCACCAAGAUAUGCCUCUGCUGUGAAGCUUCUGCUUGCUCACGUUGACAACAUCGAGAAGACACGGCAAAUAUACGCAAAGCUCCGCCAUGGCAUCAAAACUGAUCAGCUUGUUUUGACGUCGCUGUUCCCAAAACAAGAUUUUGAGGGAUCAGUAGCAGUUGAAAUUGCCGGGAACCUUGAUUCAUACCUCCUCUACAGAUAUCUCUGCAUGCAUAAUAGACGAGAUGCCACCGAUGCUCGGGACAAAGUCUAUGCUCUUCUGUCUCUCAUAAAGCUUGGAAACAGCCCCUCUUUCAUUUAUCCCGACUAUGGUAAGGGGCUAGAAGACGUCUAUAUCACUGCAGCAAGGAUGAUUAUCCAAGAAUCUGGCUCACUUGACCUCUUGUCUGCAGCUGGUCGGUUGCGGAACGAUAAGUUGCCUUCCUGGGUGCCAGAUUGGUCUAUCAGGAAUGAGUUCAAUGAAGACGAAACUCAGAUAAAUGCCUUGUUGAUGUAUGAUGCUACUUUGGGAACAAAAGCCGCGGUCAAAUUUCCAGAGAACAACAACACACUACUCGAGGUAGAAGGCAUCGUCCUAGACGAUGUCGCAAUUCUUGGUUAUACGGUCUCAGAAGGGUCUACUGAUGAGGAGAUGUGGCAAACAAUCUUCCACUGGAUGCAACUUGCCCAUAGUCAUUCCCCAAACACGAAAUGGGUGGACUUUUGCAGGACUAUCUGCACCGACUUGAGCAUAUGGCCCGGGGACCAAGUUUUCCGUCGCAUGGGUCCUUUGACUAAAGAAAUGAUACAAUCUCUGAUGCCGUGGCGAAACCCAAUCUCUGGGAGAUUUACCAAAGAUGUUCCUCCAGAGGAUCUUAUACAAUCAUCAGUGGAACAAAUGCAGACUUGGUUCUCGGUUUGGCAUACUCUUAUGGGAUGGCAGGCGCAGCGAGGCAUGAGAUCUGCAGCACCAUCCCCGACGUUGACAGACUCUUUAAAAAUCACCACCUCUCUCAAGAGAUUUGUGAUUUCAUCAAAAGGAUAUAUUGGGCUUGUCCCAUAUAAUUCGGAAAAGGGUGAUGAAAUCGUUUUCUUCAAGGGGUGUCGUUUUCCGUGUGUAGCACGGCUGGUUCCUGGGUCGGAUACGAAGAUGAAGCGGCUCAGGGUGAUUGGACCGUGUUAUAUUGAUGGUUUCAUGGAUGGACAGAUUGUUGCUCACGCAAUAAAGCAUGAAGGUGAUGAAAAAGGUAAUUGGGACAUGAUGAUUGUAUGCUAA